AAUAAUAAAUUUCAAUAUGGACAUGGCAUGGCAUAACAAGGAUACACGGAACUUCCGACGAGACGCCCAUCGACAAUCGAAAUUUCAUGCUCAGGAUCUUUGCGACUUUCUUAUUAGUUUCUUACUUUUCUUAGCUCCCAGAGUGAAAGCGAGAUGGCGGGGCUCCAAUAAUUGGGUUUGAUGAUUGAUCAAGGUAGGGAGGGUAUGGGUAUGGGUGUGGAAAAGUUAAGGUCGGAAUUUUAGUUGGAUGGGACCUGAAUACCGAGUCUCCGAUCCAAUAUUUCCCUCGAGUAGCACAGUGACUAGCUCACUUACUAGCUCAGCUACUAGCUCGGUACGGUGAGUUUCCUAAUCCGUUGAUCCUUUUGCCGUUACUCCACUUCCACCUCUCCAUCUCCUUCUCCUCCACUCGAACCCGCAACAGAUUCAUGACUAGUGACUAGUGACUAGUGACUAGUGAGCUUCCCCUUCGCGCCUACUUCUUACCUUUCCCGGAACAAAGCAAAGCCUCCUUCAUUCCCCCACCUCUGCUCCCAGACUUUUAUAUAUCCAACAUAUUCCCCUCCAUUUCAUCUUCCAUAUACAACCAACACUUCUUCUCUCAAGAAUCAUCUUUACUAGCGACCCGCCUUCACUGCAUACAUCAAGCUUUGCUCUUAUAAUACCCAUCGUCUUUUAUAUCGUUUUACACACAAUCACAUUCCUACCAUGAUGAUGCAUCCCACACCACCACCUGCGAUCCCAUUUGGUGAUCUCGACAGUUACAAAUACAGGAGAGAUGCAGAAUACAGAAACGUUGAGGCUCCACGAAUGGAGGAUCCCGAAUAUGUUGAGCACAUCGAACAAACAAAAUCACAUCUGCCGGAGGAUUUAGCUCAGACUGCGGAGGAAGAAGAGAAACAUUGGUUCAUUGGUAGCAUUGAUCAAGGCACAACCUCUACAAGAUUUAUCAUCUUCAAUGGACUAGGACAACCAGUGGCAAUGCACCAGCAUGAAUUCGAAAACAUGUAUCCCGAGUCCGGGUAAGUUUAACUCUUGUGCCAUUCGUACUAGUACGUCCAACGACUAACAAUACUCUUUUCGCAGAUGGCAUGAACAUGACCCUCAAGAGUUGGUCAACUCGGUGGAUGAGUGUAUAGAGAAGGCUACAGAGAAGUUCCUCGAAUUAGGAUACAAGAAAUCCGACAUCAAAGCCAUUGGAAUUACCAACCAACGUGAAACCACCAUCUGUUGGGAUACAAACACUGGGGAACCAUUAUACAAUGCCGUUGUCUGGCCUGACACCCGGACCACAGCCCUUGUGCGCGAGCUCAAGGAGUCCGAAGGAGCGGAUGAGAUCCUUCAAUUGUGCGGUCUACCACUAUCCACAUACCCAUCGAGCGUCAAGCUCAUGUGGAUGUACCGAAACGUUGAAGCCAUCAAGAAUGCAUACGACGAAGGCAGAUUAUCUUUCGGAACAGUCGACUCUUGGUUGAUUUACAAGCUCAAUGGAGGAAAGGAAGGUGGCAUCCAUGUCACAGAUACCACAAACGCUUCUAGAACUAUGUUCAUGAACCUUCACACAUUACAGUACGAUGACAAACUCCUCAACUUCUUCCAACUCGACAGAAAAAACGUCACCCUCCCAAAAAUUGUUCCCUCUUCUGACAAAGAGGCCUUUGGUAAACUUGCCUAUGGUGCCUUGAAAGGUACCAGAAUCACUGGCUGCUUGGGAGAUCAAUCUUCCGCCUUGGUUGGUCAAUGUGGCUUCAAACCUGGUCAUGCAAAGAACACCUACGGAACUGGUUGUUUCCUUCUCUACAACGUUGGCACCAAACCCGUAGUAUCAAAGUAUGGUCUAUUGGCUACUGUCGCAUACGAUUUUGGUAAUGGCAGAAAACCAGUCUACGCUCUUGAGGGUAGCAUUGCUGUUGCAGGAUCUGGUGUUAAAUUCUUGAUGAACAACUUGGGUUUCAUUGCACACUCAAGCAAGAUCACUGAAUUGGCAGAGACUGUUGAUGAUAAUGGAGGUGUUGUAUUCGUUACUGCUUUCUCUGGUCUCUUCGCUCCAUACUGGAUUGAUGAUGCCAAGGGAACACUUUUCGGUAUCACUCAACACACACAACGAGGUCACAUUGCCCGUGCUACCCUCGAAGCUACCUGUUUCCAGACCAAAGCCAUCCUAGAUGCUAUGGAGAAGGAUUCCGGACACAAAUUGGAAGGACUUGCCGUCGAUGGUGGCAUGUCUAACUCAGACCUUUGCAUGCAAACACAAGCUGAUAUCCUCAACAUCCCAAUCAAUAGACCUGUUAUGCGCGAGACCACUGCUCUUGGUGCAGCAAUCGCAGCGGGUUUCGCAGUUGGUAUCUGGAAGGAGUUCGAUGAACUCAAGGAAAUCAAUCGCGAUGACAGAACCAUCUUUGAGCCAAAAGUCAAGCCUACAAAGGCUGCACGCAUGUUCAAAAAGUGGGAGCAAGCAGUUGAGAUGAGCAGGGGAUGGGUGUUACAUGCAGAGGAUGAGAACAACGAUGACGUUGACUAAAUGGCUUUGUAACAAGAACACUGCCAAGAAAAAUGGGGAUGGGGUGAGAUGGAGAUAAUGGAUAAUUCAACCUAUGAUGCGGAUAAAAAUGGGGCGCGGAAGACAGAAGACAUGUGGAUAUACCCCAGGAUGAUUGAUUACAUAGAUGCACAGAGCGUGGGGCUUUGGGAUUUGGGAUUUGGUGUUUGGCGCGCGGUUGAAUACCCUUUUCAGUGGUAUACAAUUUUUACAUCUUUUCAUGGGGUUGGAGGAUGGUUGGUAGCAUUAUAGCAUAUAUAUGAUGACUUGAGCUUGAAGCUUGGUCGGUUUUUGAGCGGGAUAUUGGAUAGAUAGGUUAAUUGGGGUUGGAAAGGGGUGGUUUAAUGAUGUUUAUGAAUACU